AUGGCUCUUACGAAAAGCGUGCGGCGGCGCUCAGGACCGGCGACGCCCAAUCGAGGGCAAGCUAAACGAACGAAUCCUUCUCCAAGAACAUCUGGCAGACGAGGUCGCGCGCAACCGGGCGACCCAGUACCUAUGAGAAAACCCCACCGCUUCAAGCCGGGCACGAUCGCACUGAGAGAGAUCCGGAGGUACCAACAAUCCACAGACCUCCUCCUCCUUAAACUCCCCUUUGCGCGGCUCGUCAGGGAGAUCGCGCAGUACCUCCUGCCCUCGCAUGCGGCGCACGAAUUACGGUGGCAGAGUCAGGCGAUCCAGGCUUUGCAAGAGGCGAGCGAGGCGUUCUUAGUCCACUUGUUCGAAGACACGAAUCUGUGCGCCAUCCAUGCGAAGCGCGUCACCAUCAUGCAAAAAGACAUACAGUUGGCACGGAGGCUGAGAGGUGCAUGGGGUGGGCUUGGAUGA